CCGCCAUGGCCAAGGCCAGCGUGGAGCUCACCCGCGAGCUGCAAGACAGCAUUCGGAGGUGCCUGAGCCAAGGGGCUGUGCUCCAACAACAUCGUGUGAAGCUGGAAACAAAGCCCAAGAAGUUUGAGGACCGAGUGCUGGCCCUGACCUCCUGGCGCCUCCACCUCUUCCCCCUUAAAAUCCCAGCCAAGGUGGAGAGCUCCUUCAAUGUCCUGGAGAUCCGGGCCUUCAACACGCUCAGUCAGAACCAGAUCCUGGUGGAGACGGAGCGUGGCAUGGUGAGCAUGCGGCUGCCGUCGGCUGAGAGCGUGGACCAGGUGACGCGACAUGUGAGCUCUGCCCUCUCCAAGGUCUGCCCUGGCCCUGGGAAUCUGAUACGGCGUGGAAAUGCAGACACCCCAGAGGGGCCCCGAGACACGUCCCCCAACUCUGAGACUUCCACAUCUACCACUCACAGUGUCUGCGGUGGCUUCUCUGAGACCUACGCCGCCCUGUGUGACUACAAUGGGCUGCACUGCCGUGAGGAGGUGCAGUGGGAUGUGGACACCAUCUACCAUGCCGAGGAUAACCGGGAGUUCAAUCUUUUGGAUUUCAGCCACUUGGAGAGCCGAGACUUGGCUCUAAUGGUGGCAGCCCUGGCCUACAACCAGUGGUUCACCAAACUCUACUGCAAGGACCUGCGGCUGGGCUCUGAAGUGCUAGAACAGGUGCUACACACCCUGAGCAAGUCGGGGAGCCUUGAAGAGCUGGUGCUGGACAACGCCGGGCUUAAGACGGACUUUGUCCAGAAGCUGGCCGGGGUGUUUGGGGAGAACGGGAGCUGUGUGCUGCAUGCCCUCACUCUGUCCCACAACCCCAUCGAGGACAAGGGUUUCCUCAGUCUGAGCCAGCAGCUGCUCUGCUUCCCCACUGGCCUCACCAAACUGUGCCUGGCCAAGACUGCCAUUUCCCCUCGAGGGCUCCAGGCGCUGGGCCAGACCUUCGGGGCCAACCCAGCCUUCGCCAGCUCCCUCCGAUACCUGGACCUGAGCAAGAACCCUGGGCUGCUCUCCACAGACGAGGCCAAUGCCCUCUACAGUUUCCUGGCCCAGCCCAAUGCCCUGGUGCACCUGGACCUGUCGGGGACUGACUGUGCGAUCGACUUGCUUCUGGGAGCCCUGCUCCAUGGCUGCUGCUCCCACCUUACCUACCUCAACCUGGCUCGCAACAGCUGCUCCCACAGGAAGGGCCGUGAGGCCCCACCGGCCUUCAAGCAGUUCUUCAGCAGCACGUACACGUUGAGCCACAUCAACCUGUCAGCCACGAAGCUACCCCUGGAGGCCCUCAGGGCACUGCUUCAGGGCCUCUCCCUCAACAGCCACCUCAGUGAUCUGCACCUGGACCUCAGCAGCUGUGAGCUCCGCUCAGCGGGAGCCCAGGCGUUGCAGGAGCAGCUGGGGGCUGUCACCUGUGUGGGCAGCCUGGAUCUGUCAGACAAUGGGUUUGACUCGGACCUCUUGACAUUGGUACCCGCACUUGGGAAGAACAAGUCCCUCAAGCACCUGUUCUUGGGCAAGAACUUCAAUGUCAAGGCCAAGACCCUGGAGGAGAUUCUUCACAAGCUGGUGCAGCUGAUCCAGGAGGAGGACUGUUCCUUGCAGUCACUGUCAGUGGCAGAUUCCCGGCUGAAGCUUCGCACCAGCAUCCUCAUCAAUGCCCUGGGCAGCAACACCUGCCUGGCCAAGGUGGACCUGAGUGGCAAUGGCAUGGAGGACAUUGGGGCCAAGAUGCUAUCCAAGGCCCUACAGAUAAACUCCUCCCUCAGAACUAUACUGUGGGAUCGGAACAAUACAUCUGCCCUGGGCUUCCUGGACAUCGCGAGGGCUCUGGAGAGCAACCACACGCUGCGCUUCAUGUCUUUCCCUGUGAGUGACAUCUCCCAAGCCUACCGCAGCGCCCCCGAGCGCACAGAGGACGUCUGGCAGAAGAUCCAGUGGUGCCUGGUGAGGAACAACCACUCCCAGACAUGCCCCCAGGAGCAGGCCUUCAGGUUGCAGCAGGGCCUGGUGACCAGCAGCGCCGAGCAAAUGCUGCAGCGGCUGUGUGGACGAGUACAGGAGGAGGUGCGGGCCCUGAGGCUGUGCCCCCUGGAGCCUGUGCAGGAUGAGCUACUCUAUGCUCGGGACCUCAUCAAGGAUGCCAAGAACUCCCGGGCGCUGUUUCCCAGCCUCUAUGAGCUGGGCCAUGUGCUGGCCAAUGACGGGCCUGUGCGGCAGAGGCUGGAGUCAGUAGCCAGUGAGGUGUCCAAAGCUGUGGACAAGGAGCUGCAGGUGAUCCUGGAGUCCAUGGUCAGCCUAACGCAGGAGUUGUGCCCUGUGGCCAUGCGCGUGGCUGAAGGCCACAACAAGAUGCUGAGCAACGUGGCAGAACGCGUCACUGUGCCCAGGAAUUUCAUCCGAGGGGCACUGUUGGAGCAGGCCGGGCAGGACAUUCAGAACAAGCUGGAUGAAGUGAAGCUCUCGGUCGUCACCUACCUGACCAACUCCAUAGUGGAUGAGAUCCUGCAAGAGCUGUACCACUCCCACAAGAGCCUGGCCAGGCACCUGACCCAGCUGAGGACACUGUCAGAUCCAGCAGGGGGACCAGGCCAAGGGCAGGAUCUGUCCUCCAGGGGCCGAGGCCGGAACCAUGACCACGAGGAGACCACAGACGAUGAGCUUGGGACCAACAUCGACACCAUGGCCAUCAAAAAGCAGAAACGUUGUCGCAAGAUCCGGCCGGUGUCUGCCUUCAUCAGUGGGAGCCCUCAGGACAUGGAAAGUCAACUGGGAAACCUGGGAAUCCCUCCUGGCUGGUUCUCCGGACUCGGGGGCAGCCAGCCCACAGCUAGUGGCUCCUGGGAAGGUCUAUCGGAGCUGCCCACUCAUGGCUAUAAACUAAGACACCAAACACAAGGGAGGCCCCGGCCACCAAGGACCACCCCUCCAGGACCUGGUCGGCCCAGUGUACCAGUUCCUGGGACUCGUCAGGAGAAUGGGAUGGCCACCCGCCUGGAUGAGGGGCUGGAGGACUUCUUCAGCCGAAGGGUCAUGGAUGAAAGUUCCAGCUACCCCCGGACUCUGAGGACCGUGCGGCCGGGCAUCUCAGAGCUGUUUCACUUCCGCCGGCCCCGGAGCUUCAAGGGGGACAGGGGGCCAGGGUCCCCCACCACUGGAGUCCUCCUCCCUCCUCCCCCACCCUGCUGGAGCCCAGAGGAAGACAGCGGACUCCUCCCUGGAUUUGGGGGGGGCCGGGGGCCUUCCUUCCGCAGGAAGAUGGGCACUGAGGGGUCGGAGCCCGGGGAAGGGGACCCAACCCCCACAACAACACAGCUGCCAAGAGUACACGGUGUUGCCCUUCCUGGGUUGGGAAGAGCCAAGGGUUGGAGCUUUGACGGGAAACAAGAGGGCACAGGCCCAGACCUGGAGGGUAGCACCCAGGCUUGGCAGAAACGGCGCUCUUCAGACGACGCAGGGCCUGGAGCCUGGAAGCCCCCACCACCACCCCAAAGCACCAAGCCAAGCUUCAGCGCCAUGCGCCGAGCCGAGGCCACAUGGCACAUAGCUGAGGAGAGUGCCCCCAACCACAGCUGCCAGAGUCCCAGCCCAGCCUCCCAGGAUGGGGAGGAGGAGAGGGAAGGGGCUCUGUUCCCAGAGAGGAUGGUUCCAGCUAGGAAUGCCAAGCUUCAGGACCCUCCUGUAGCUCCUCGACCACCCAAGCCUGUGGCUGUCCCCAGGGGCCGCCGCCCCCCCCAGGAGACAGGGGGCAGGGAGGAGGCUGAGACUGGUGGCACAGCACCGGGAGUCCACAAACCCCGACUGAGGCUGGGCUCACAGCAGGACCAAGAGGAACCAGAGGUUCAAGGGCCCCCUGAUCCAGGCCGUCGGACUGCCCCCCUGAAGCCCAAGAGGACACGGCGGGCACAAUCCUGCGACAAGCUGGAGCCUGAUAGAAGACGACCCCCUGACCCCACAGGUGCUGAUGGAACCAGUGAGCCAGGAACAGACUGACAGCUGCCACAACACCCUCCCCAGCCCUCCUCUCGACAUGUGCCUCACAAGGACUCAGACCCUCAUCCACCCCCACCCUGUUCC